CGGUAAUGAAAAUAAAGCUAGGAGCUCGAGAGCGCUUCGGGAUGGGAAUGCCCGGGGCUGACGGAGCUGACCAUCAGGUAGGCAUGGGCCGCAGAGGAGGCUCGCACGCCGUCCAGAGUUCAACCAGAUGAUCAAAGUACCAGCACCGCUCUUUCGGCAGCCAGCAGAUCGCUCCAAAAAGUUCCAGCCGCCUUCUCCAGGAGUCCCUCUCCUAGCCCUUCGGCUGGUCCUCUCCCUCAGAUUCCAGCCAGAAAGCCCGACGCCGAAACUGGGUCCCUCAAGUCCCCGCCCCCAAAGCCUGGACACGCCCUCUGGAGUCUCCGCCCCCAGAGCUCAGACCAGCGAGUGACGCACAAGGCCCCGCCCUCUGGAGUCCCCGCCCCCAGAGUCCGGACCAACGAGCAACUCACCGGGCCCCACCCUCUGAAAACUCCGCCCCCAAAGCCCGGACCGGCGUGCUUUGCGGUCGCCCCCGCAGGGCCCCGCGCACGUGUCGCCGCGUACUGGGCAGCCGCAGAGCAGGUGAGCGCGCCGAGCCAUGCGGAAGCCAGGUUGUCAGCAGUGGGAGCACUCAUGGCUGGUCCCCUGUGGCGGGUCUCAGCCUUCAUACAGAGACACAGGACAGCCCUUUUAGUGGGUUCCUGCACAGGCCUGUUUGGAGCUCAAAUCUCGUACCACCUCUUCCCGGAUCCCGUGGUCCAGUGGCUUUACCAGUACUGGCCCCAGGGCCAACCGGCCCCACUCUCCUCAGAACUACAAAGCCUCUUCCAAGAGGUCCUGCAGGAUAUGGGCGUCCCUUCUGGCCACUGCUACAAGCCCUUCACCACCUUUACCUUCCAGCCUGUGAGUGCCGGCUUCCCAAGACUCCCUGCCGGGGCUGUCAUAGGCAUCCCUGCCAGCUUCCUUGGUGGCCCAGUAACCAACACUGAUCAUCCUGUGGUCGUACAUGGGCAAAGAGUAGACUGGCAGACCCCAGCAGGCACCCGUCUAAGAGAUGCCCUGACCCUCUCCCGUGACGCCCAGAAGUUUGCCUUGGCCAGAGAGGUGGUAUACCUGGAGACUAGUGCAGCUGCCCUGCAGGCCCUGCCAGCCCCAGCUUGCCUGGCAGGAACCUGGGCACUGAGUGUGGGUGCCAAGCAUGCACUAGGACUCUAUGGAGGCCCCAUGAACAUACGAGCUGCCUUCAACUUGGUGGCAGCAGUGGCAGGCUUCGUGGCCUAUGCCUUCUCCGCAGACUCUCUUACUCAUGCCCUGGAAGGUUGGCUGGACCGCCGCACCGCCUCCCUGUCUACAGCCUACGCCCGAGGUGGAGUGGAAUUCUAUGAGAAGGUUCUGUCAGGCAACCUGGCCCUGCGCAGUCUCUUGGGCAGACGCGGGGAGAAGCUGUAUACACCCAGUGGGAACAUUGUCCCCAGACACUGGUUCCGCAUCAAGCAUUUACCCUACACAACCCGCCUGGACUCUGUACUGCAGAUAUGGAGGGUAGCACCCAACCCAGGCCGCUCCUGAGGUGCUCAUCACCAGGACAGUUCCAAUUCAUGCAAAUACCACUCUGGCAUUGUCUGGGGGAAUCCCUUGGGACCUCUGGACCCACACACCACAGUCAGAAAAAUUAUAGGCUUUGGAGUUAAAUAUCCUAGAUUCUGUCUUCUCCUACCACUUAUGAACUCAGGGACCUUGGGCAAGCCCCCUUUAUGAAUCUGAGCCUUAGUUUUCUCAACUAUAAUGUGGAGAGGAUAUAAACUACCUCACAGGAUUAUAGAGUUAUGUGAAAUCAUGAAUAAGAGGACCUGGCAGAAAGAGUACCAUGAAUAAACAGAAUAUUGCUCCUCCUUUAUCUUUGAAUUCCGUUGGUUGUAGGAGUCAGGCCACAUCUUCCCAACUAGAGGUGCUGGUAAUAGUCAACCCUUUCCUACAGUGAAGAACCCUCCUCUGUCUGCCCAGUGGUCAAAUUCUAGUCUUUCUCCAUUGAGGUAGAGGUUAAAAGAUUUAAAAGGCUAGGGGCUGAAGUUGUGGCUCAGUGGCCGAAUACUUGCCUCGCAUGUCUGAGGCACUGGGUUCUCAACACCACAUAUAAAUAAAUAAAUAAAUAAAUAAAGGUCCAUCAAGAACUAAACAUAUAUAUAUUUUUUUAAAAAAAGAUUUAAGAGGCUAAAAUGUGAAUUUGGUGGGGCUUUUAGAGUGGUGUGCCAAUAAAGUCCUAUGGAUGCAAAUGGUACACCCAGAGAAGGGAAACCAGGGAAGUGAUGGGGCACCAGGAAAGGCACCUGACCAGAAGAGGAAGGGAGGUGUUCCUGGAACACAGCAGAAGCUCUGCCUAAAGAUGGAGGAAAGAACAAACCAUUGCAAAUCUGAGGCUCUGCUGGGGAGUUCAAAGCAGUCAGCCUCCUGGGGUACAGAGCAUGAUCAGGGCUUGGAGAGCAGAGGGCGUUAAGUGGUGCAGCUUUGCUUGGUGAGGACACUGGGGACAACAGAGGGUGGAGGUAGGCAGUGAACCAGGCACAUGUCAUAGGAUCCAUGGGGACUGUAUCCUUGUUCCCCAUGAGCCCUCUGGUGGUACAGAAAGCAGCCCCUCGGCUUUGAUCUUUGGACAAGAGACCUCCAUCCAACAGGGCAAAGUGAGGAGAGCUAAAACCAGGACUAAUUUGGCCAUUCAUGUCAUCCUUACAUUGGAAAUAAUGUUUUUUCUGGAAGAGUUUUGAAGAAUUCAGACAUGGUGCCAGUAAAAUUCAGGACAAAGGGAUUAGGUCACACCCAGGGAAGGCACUGGUGGUGGCAGACAGUUCCUGGCAGGAGACCUUGCGAGAAGAGUAAGCAGGGUAAGUCAUGGUAUACCUUCCUGCUAGGAUUUCAGUGUGGUCUAGAGCUCAGUGUGCUGUGCCAACCUACAAGUCCCUCCACCAGACCUGGGCUGGCUGAGAACAGGGGACCCCUGCUCAUCUCACAGAUCCCUAGCACCUAGGACAACAUAAGGCAUGGGCUUGAUAAGUACAUAGACAGAUAGAUGAGGUACAACUGGUGAAUAAGAGUCCACCCUGGCAGAUAGCACUUCACAGGGCUCCUUGGGAUGUCACCUAGCCAUAGCUGCUGCUGACAUCAAGGACCAUCAUGCCAAGGGGGUCAAAUAUGGAGUCUGAAUUUGAUGGACUCCACCUUCUCGCCACUCCCUGCCCCCACCCAUCUACUUUUAAUGUUGGCAUGAGCCCAGAUGGCAGCAUCAGGCCUUCAUGCUGAUCUGCCUAAGUGCUAUGAUUUGUCCGCCAAUGGUUGAUAUGGUAGAAGUUGCCCUGUACAGCAGUGUUAAGAAGUAGAACCUUUAAUAGGUGGGACCUAGUAAGGGAUAAUUAGGUCACUGGGGGCAUUGCCCUCAGUAAGGAUGAAUUACUGAUCUCUGGAAGUGAACUCUGGUGAGAGCAAGCUGUAGUUUAAAAAUAAUAAUAAAACUGGCCACUCCACCCACACUUCCUGUCUGGUUAUGGGAUCUUUCCUUCUUGAGUGCACUCCCACCAUUAGGAUGCCAUCUGCCAUGAGCUCCUCACCAGAGGUGAAGAGAAGUUGGUCCCAUGUUCUUGGACUUCCACGAUAUGAGCCAAAUAAACCUGUUUUCUUUAUAAAUUA